UAAACUACAGUUAGUAAGUUCUUUUAGAAUAUUUGCUAAUAAAUUGUAAUAAAUAAAAAGUUUUUAUUUGUAGGACUUCACAGACGGGCAAUUGCUGCGGAAGGUGUGUGUUGAAGAGCUAGGUGCCCAACUAUUGUGGUUUUUAGAAACGAAACGCGCGUAUUUCUACCAUUGUCUCAUGUGGUGCUACGGACAAUUUCAUAGGAGACAUGGAGCGUGUUGUGUAUGAUGGUGCAAAUACCUGUUUAACAUGUGGCGGUCAUUAUGUGCCUAGUACUGCUACCUCUGAAAUCAAUUUGACUUCCGAACUGGCUGUCCACGUCGAUACCUUACCCCAUCUAGAACAAUAUGCUGUACGUAGAUGUAUCCGCAACACCUACACGAGCAAGUCCUCGCGCUUUAAGUCUACAAUACAGAUAAGUUUAAGUGCAGCGUUCCAACACCUAUACGAGCAAGUGCACCCACAUUCCUCAUAUUUCCUCUCCGAUUCAUUACUGAGACACGUGCUAUUGAUAUACGUAAAUUUACAAACCAUCACAAUUACUAAAAGUGGAUUAUAUUACCAAUAUCUAAAAUUUUUCGAUGUAUUAGUUUAAGUCUAUAUUAAUACAUUUUCCUAUUAAUAUUAGGGACGCAAAGUAUAUUAAG